UUCGAACUUGCUUCGGACAGCCGUUGUGCUCCCGGUAACAUUUUACAAAUUUACCCUCAAUUUCAUAUCAAUUUCGGAAUUCAUUUCUCUUUUCAGUCUUCUAUCGGCAGUGGAAACUCUGUCCUUUCCAAGAUCCGUUGUUCGAGCAGAAAGAUUUUAGGAUUCAACCAUAGAGUCUCCAACAUGGAGUGUAACACUUCGCUCGAUUCGAAGAACUACGGUGUUGGAGCUAGUCAAAACAUGGAAAUAGCUGGAGUGAAAACUAUGAAGAGCUCUAAAGUAGGAGGCUCCCAGAGGAAACGACUUUCCGAUAUAAGCAACUUGAAGGAGCAACCUAUACUGCAGAAGCGAGAUACGAAGCCGCAGUCUAGUUUGCUUAAGACCUAUGAAUAUGUUGAUAAGUUACAGAAGGAAAAUAUGGCACUUACGAAAGUUCUUGCAGAAAGAAAUCGUAUAAUUGAGAUAAGUGGAAAUGAGUUAGAGACAUUGAGAACCAAUUUUCAGAAAUUGCAGCAGCAGAAUCUGCAAUUCGCCCAAGCAAACAGUCAAAUGUUAGCGGAACUUAAUUCAGGUAAAGAAAGGCUGAAAGCCCUUCAACACGAGCUUGGAUGUAAAAAUGGCAUUCUUAUGUCGAGAAAACUUGAUUUGGAGAGAAAAGGAAAAUCAGCGACAUUUCAGCCUGGAGGGGUAGGGACCGCCAAAUCUAGUGAGGCAGCGGAAUCUAUGAAUACAAAGCAGGAUAAUAGGCCUUGCAAAACUAACAGGCGGCGACAAUCCAGACAAGAAUCUUUUGGCACUUCAGUUCUUCAGACAGAGGUUCAGAAGGUUGAAGGCAAAAGGCCUAGAAGGCAAUCUGCAAGAUUCAAAACCGAGGAACCAGUGGCUGCAAAUGACAUCUUGGAGACAGAUAAUUCCAAUUCUAACAAUUCUUCGCAAUGUAAAGAGACUUCAGUUCGUCGAGCAGAGGUUCAAAAGGUCGAAGGCAAGAGGCCUUGUUCGAGAAGGCAGUCUGCAAGAUUGAAAAUUGAGGAACCGGUUGCUACAAAUGACUUAUUAGGGAUAGAAAAUUUCAAUUCUACCGAUGCUUCUCAAUGUAGAGAGACUUCAGUUCUUCAAACAGAGGUCCAGAAGGUUGAAGGCAUAAGCAGGCCUUGUCUGAGAAGGCAGUCUGCAAGAUUUAAACUCGAGGAACCAGUGGCUAUCAAAGACUCACUUGAUACUGUAAAUUCCAAUUCUACCAGUGCUUCUCUAUGCAAAGAGAUCGUAUGUGAAAUAAAAAUUGUUCCAACUUCGUCAGUAGAAACAAAAGAUAAUGGCAAUUCUACUGAUAGAUCUGAAGUUCAGGAAUGUCGGAGGACAUCCGUUGGUAGGCCGUUAAGGCGAGCUGCUGAAAAAAUUCAGUCCUACAAGGAAAUUCCACUUAACGUCAAGAUGCGCAGACCGCAGCGAGAUCCCACAUCAAUUGGAGACGGGAAUGAGUGCCAGCGAGGACGAUGGGCUCCGAAGGGAGCGGAUUGUGAGAUCCCACAUCAAUUGGAGACGGGAAUGAGUGCCAGAGAGGACGUUGGGCUUUGAAGGGAGCGGAUUGUGAGAUCCCACAUCGAUUGAAGAGGAAAACGAAGUAUUCCUUAUAAGGGUGUGAAAACCUCUCCCUAGAGACGCAUUUUAAAACCUUGAAGGGAAGUCCGAAAAGGAAAAGUCCAAAGAGAACAAUAUGUGUUAGCGGUGGACUUGUACUGUUACAACAUCUCUAAACUCUAAAUUGAUCAAGCUGCACUUAGAUAUUAUCUCUGA